CCAGAUGUGAAUAUUGAAGGUCCAGAUGCAAAACUGAAGGGUCCUAAGUUCAAGAUGCCUGAGAUGAACAUCAAGGCUCCUAAGAUCUCCAUGCCUGAUUUGAAUCUUAAUCUUAAAGGCCCCAAUGUGAAAGGAGAUGUAGACGUUUCCAUUCCAAAUAUAGAGGGUGAUUUGAAAGGCCCGUCUCUUGACCUAAAGGGCCCAAAAUUAGAUGUAAAUGUUCCAGAUAUUGAAAUCCAUGGUCCUGAGGGCAAAUUAAAAGGUUCCAAGAUGAAAAUGCCUGAUAUGCAUGUAAACAUGCCCAAAAUCUCCAUGCCAGAAAUUGACUUGAAUUUAAAGGGCUCAAAGGUCAAAGGAGAUGUUGAUAUCUCUGGACCCAAACUGGAGGGUGACAUUAAAACUCCAAAGGUGGAUGUGAAGGGCCCAGAAGUGGACAUUUCUGCUCCCAAGAUCAAUAUUGAUGGGAAAGCAAAGAAAUCUCGCUUUAAGCUUCCUAAAUUUAAUUUUUCUGGGUCCAAAGUUCAAACACCUGAAGUGGAUGUCAAACUUAAAAAGCCAGAUGUUGAUAUAACAGUUCCAAAAGUUGAUAUUAAUGCUCCAGAAGUUGAAGUCCAAGGUAAAGUAAAAGGAUCCAAGUUUAAAAUGCCUUUCCUGAGCAUUUCAUCUCCCAAAGUCUCCAUGCCCGAUGUGGAGCUAAACUUGAAAGGUCCUAAAGUCAAAGGAGACUUAGAUGCAGCAGGCCCAAAUUUAGAAGGAGACUUCAAAGGUCCCAAAGUGGACAUUAAAGCACCAGAUGUUCAACUUAAUGCACCAGAUGUGGAUGUUCAUGGUCCAGAAUGGAAUCUGAAGAUGCCCAAGAUGAAAAUGCCCAAGUUCAGUGUGCCUGGCAUAAAAGCAGAAGGACCUGAUGUUUCUGUGGGUUUGCCAAAACGAGACAUCAAUAUAGAAGGUCCCAGUAUGAAUAUUGAGGGCCAAGAUUUCAAUGUGGAAUGUCCAGAGGGAAGCUUAAAAGGUCCCAAAUUUAAGAUGCCUGAGAUGAACAUCAAAGCCCCCAAGGUCUCCAUGCCUGACAUUGACUUAAACCUGAAAGGCCCCAAAGUGAAGGGUGAUGUGGAUGUGUCUCUGCCCAAAGUGGAAGGUGAGAUUAAAGUUCCUGAAGUUGACAUCAAAGGCCCCAAAGUGGACAUUGAUGUUCCAGAUGUGGAUGUUGGAGUGCCAAAUGUAAAAGUGAAAAGUCCGAAAUUCAAGAUGCCUGAGAUGAACAUUAAAGCACCCAAAAUCUCUAUGCCUGACUUGGAUUUGCAUCUGAAAAGUCCUAAAUUGAAGGGAGAUGUGGAUGUUUCCUUGCCUAAAAUGGAAGGUGAACUAAAGGGUCCUGGUGUUGAUAUUAAGGGCCCCAGUGUGGAUAUUGACACUCCUGAUGUCAAUAUUGAAGGUCCAGAAGGAAAAUUAAAAGGACCCAAAUUUAAAAUGCCAGACAUGCAUAUCAAAGCUCCGAAGAUCUCCAUGCCUGACUUUGACUUAAAUCUGAGAGGGCCUAAGGUUAAGGGAGAUGUGGACCUUUCACUCCCUAAGGUUGAAGGUGAUCUAAAAGGGCCAGAAAUAGACAUUGAGUGUCCUGAAGGAAAACUCAAAGGCCCCAAAUUUAAGAUGCCAGAUGUCCAUUUCAAAACUCCACAAAUCUCAAUGAGUGACAUUGAUUUGAAUAUGAAAGGACCUAAGCUAAAAGGAGAUUUGGACAUUUCUAUUCCUAAACCAGAAGGGGACUUGAAAGGUCCCAAAGUGGAUGUCAAAGGCCCUAAACUGGACAUCGACACUCCUGAUAUUGACAUUCAUGGUCCAGAAGGGAAACUGAAGGGCUCUAAGUUUAAAAUGCCUGAUCUUCAUCUCAAGGCACCCAAGAUCUCAAUGCCAGAAGUUGACCUGAACCUGAAAGGGCCAAAGGUGAAGGGUGAUGUAGAUGUUUCUCUACCUAAAGUGGAAGGAGACCUCAAAGGCCCUGAAGUUGAUAUCAAAGGCCCCAAAGUGGACAUUGAUGUUCCAGAUGUGGAUGUCCAUGGUCCAGACUGGCACCUGAAGAUGCCCAAGGUGAAAAUGCCCAAGUUCAGCAUGCCUGGCUUCAAAGGAGAGGGCCCUGAAGUUGAUGUGAGCCUGCCCAAGGCUGACCUUGAUGUCUCAGGACCCAAGGUGGACAUUGAUGUUCCAGAUGUGAAUAUUGAAGGUCCAGAUGCAAAACUGAAAGGCUCCAAGUUCAAGAUGCCUGAGAUGAACAUCAAGGCUCCGAAGAUCUCCAUGCCUGACUUUGAUCUGAAUCUGAAAGGUCCAAAAUUGAAGGGUGAUGUGGAUGUGUCCUUACCAAAAGUGGAAGGUAAACUCAAGGGCCCAGAGAUGGACGUUACAGGCCCUAAAGUGGACAUUGACAUUCCUGAUGUUAGCAUUGAAGAUCCAGAGGGCAAACUGAAGGGCCCCAAGUUCAAGAUGCCUGAGAUGAACAUCAAAGCCCCCAAGAUCUCCAUGCCUGACAUUGACUUAAACCUGAAAGGCCCCAAAGUAAAGGGUGAUGUGGACGUGUCUCUGCCCAAAGUGGAAGGUGAGAUUAAGGUUCCUGAAGUUGACAUCAAAGGCCCCAAAGUGGACAUCAACGCACCAGAUGUGGAUGUCCAUGGUCCAGACUGGCACCUGAAGAUGCCCAAGAUAAAAAUGCCCAAGUUCAGCAUGCCUGGCUUCAAAGGAGAGGGU